ACAGUAGUAGUCUCCGGCGGUUCGUCUCGGCAAGUAACGAUUGAAAACUCUCGGUUGUCCGCAGAUGCCACUGUGGUUGGUUCGGGGGCUCUUUCUUUUUUUGUUGUAUGCAGUGGGCUAUUACCAGCAAAAUUGAUCACAGACGCUGCGGUAUUCAGGGAUAGAAGAGAAAGUGUUUUCCAUGCUGGAGAAGAAAAAAUGCAGCAAAUUUUCAACGAGAAUAAUUCAAUAAUACAGUUCUAACUAGAUCGGCUCGGUGAACCAGUGUACCUGUGUGCGCAUAAUGAAAGUAUGAAUAUUAUAUUCGAAGAAAAAAAGGGAAUGAGAGUGCAUGAUAAGUUGAGCUAUUAUUAUUCAUAAAAAGCCAGGCUGAAUUUCAAUGAAAGUGCUUCAUGGAGAAUAAAGGAAUGUCGGAUGUGGAUUACGAUCGGAAUAACUUGAAGCGGAGAGAGAAGGAAUAAGCCUUGCCUGUUGGAGUAAAAUAAAUUAAGUGACCAUCUCUUUACGCAAUGAAUUGCGGGUGAUUGUUGGAAGGUUUUGAUGCCAUUAACGGUGCUCAUCCAAAAUGAGUAUUAAUCAUUGCCCGAACUCAGCAGCGACCAUCACCAUCAUCUGCUGCUCGCAACAAUAAAAACAAAAAGAUUGAUAAUAAACAGGACGCUGGUCCCUAUAAAAUGCUGCUAUGAGGCAUCCAACGUUCCGGAUUAUAUUGACCCUCGUUUCGCUGCACCACCUCACCGGAUCAAUACAAGUCGCCAAAAUCGGGCUCAAUGAUAACACUUUCAAAACAAUACCGCGACACUUCUGGCAAGACAUCGCCCCGCCGUACACCGACCUGCCGGAUGACGACAUCGAGGAGGAAUCGGAGGAAAGCACCACCCAUGACCCGUAUCCGUUUUUCGACGAAACGAACAUGACGGCCAACGUAACCACGCAGCUCGGCAACGACGUGUAUCUGCACUGUCGCGUAAACGAUCUGAGGGAACGAACCGUAACUUGGGUGCGUCGAAAAGGAGACGACAUUCAUUUGAUUACCGUCGGCCGGCACACCUACAGCAGUGACUCGCGCUACUCCUUGCAGUAUCAGGCACCGAAUGAUUGGCAGUUGCUGAUUCAGUAUGCAAAUGAACGAGAUGAGGGACUCUAUGAGUGUCAGAUUUCGUCCCACCCUCCGUUGGUGUUUCUCGUUUAUCUGAUCGUUGUCGUCCCCAAAGUGGAAAUUGUCGACGAACGAGGUGUCGCAACGGUGGACAAAUUCUACAAAGCCGGCAGCACCAUCGAGCUCAAGUGUAUCAUCAGCAAGGUCCCGCAGCCGACCAGCUACGUAACGUGGAAGCACGGCAUGAGGAUGCUAAACUAUGACACCAGCCGGGGUGGUAUCAGUGUAAAAACCGAUCUGCUGACAGGUGGCGCCAUGAGUCGGCUGUACAUCGCGAACGCCAACCGGUACGACACCGGAAACUACACGUGCGCUCUGGCUGACAUCGCCCAGGCAACCGUGGCGGUCCACGUUCUCAACGGUGAAAAUCCUGCUGCUAUGCAGCAUGGUGGGUCGGUCGAAGUGCGUCCAUCAUCCAGCGUGGUAUUGCUGCUCCUAGCUCUGGCUUUCCGCUCCAUCCGGUGACUGUAGACUGCGCUUCGUCUGGCAUAUCCAAGGUUUGUUUCAUCAUUAAGCAUUGUGCAAAAGCAUUCGUUCAGCUACCAAAGACUAUUGUGCGAGAGAAAAUUAUUACGCAGCUAACUCUUUAACAAAUUGCAACUACACUUACCGAACAUGUAUCUAUAUCUAAAAAAAAUCGAAACAAAUAACUCUAUCGAACACUAUUAUUGGUAUAAGGUGAUCAUAAGUCGAUAUAAUCGAACAAUUGUCACAUGUGUAGAAUCGAAGAUUAGAUUUUUUGGUGUAUCUUUCCUACAAAACGUAUAAAUAAUAUCCAUUCCAAACAUUCGAAUCAAACAAUUAUUUACACGUCAUUCUUAGCUACUGAAUCGAUGGAAGCCAGUGUCAUAGUAGCAAAUAUGUUGAAAACUUAUAAUGUUGUUAGUAUUUCAUUUUGAACUGAAGCAUCAAGCAAUAUCUCUUUCUCCAAAAACCAGAAAUCGAAUGUAUACUUCAAUUACUAUCCUCCGAUGAAAAGUGUUAGAUAAGUUCAGGCAAACCAUUUAAAUACAUGAAAGACAUACAUUACGAAACAUUACUCAUUGUUACUCAUGCAAAGUCAGUAGUUUCUCAAACUGGAGCAGUUCAACACUAUAAAAGCAGUCCUGCCAACAGGUUGUCAUAGCAAAACGAGUUCUUUGCAACUCUGAACUAACAUUCAUAGAUAGACACAAAUUUGAUGGAAACUUUAAUCGUCCAUUUGAACCAUUUCUUGUCAGAAACGUUGAAAAGUCAAGGCUUACAAAAGUCGGAAAGAGAAUCGUGUUGGUCUGCUUCACCAUGAUCGCGAAGCUGCCAAGACGAAUGAGAUCAAUGCUCCAUAUCAAAACCUUUUCCAACCUUUUCUAGUCUAAUUACUGAAAACAAACAAAACUGCACUGUCCACAAAAUUUGAAUUUAUAUACUAUGUUGCAGAGUAAUUGAUUAAGACAAUUUAAUCGCACGUCAUGUUGCGCCCGCAAUGUUUGUAGUUUCUAAUUGUGCGUGGAAUUUAAUUCUACUCGUGAUGAUUCUAUCCAUAGAAACGAACAAAGUUGGAAAUCAAAAUAAAACCAUUUACAUACAUGACAAAAACCAAAUACGAUGGCGCUUAACGAACACGGAAUCAUUGAGUGAAAUUCGAUAGUGAGUAAAGUCUUUAUAGAAAUACAAAUGUUGAUUUUUAAAACUGUAUAGUAAAAAAUAAUACAUAAAUCUGAUUACAAUUCCAUAUAAGUGUACUACGAAUAGACCCAAUUUCAUCCGAUUUGGGACAUCUUAAAACUAAUACCCAGGAACUAACGAGUGAACUACCAAUGCUUUUAUAUCAACGAUUCGCUACCAUCGGCAAACGGAACGGAUACGCAACGCAGAACAAGUUCUGCCCCCAAAACAGCCCAUAGCAAUACAAGAGGAACCAAUUCGAAGCACAAAUUCAUUCGUUGCCGUUGUUAUCCGAAGAGGAGAGAUAUAAAAGCGGAACCAGCAUAUAGACCCAAAUCUAUAUUAAUACUACAUCCAAAAUGUGUUGAACGAAAUAAAAAAUACAAAUGUGGAGCAUAUAAUGCGCAUGCAGACAGUGUUGUGACUAGCGAAAAAUUAAAAGUAUAAUUAUGUCAGAAUAUAUAUUUUACGAAUCUCUGAUAGAUAAUGGAAUAUGCAUUUUUAUAACCACAUAUAUGAAUAUACAGAGUUCAAUAGACAGCAAACAUAUAAUUACCAGAAAAAAAGGAUCCGUACAUAGGAAUAGAGAGGAGAUUUUAUAUUCAUUUUAUAUAAAUUAUUAUUAUAACUUAAUAACACAGAAACACUUAUCAAACUGAUAUGUAAAAUGAUGGUUGUGGUCAAAGCUAUAUGAUUAACAUAAACAAUUCGUAUAAUAUUAGAAAUAACUGAGAUACAGUAUUACAAGUAUUAUAUGAAUAAAUAGUCAAUAAAUACAAACAA